AUGUCUUCUGUGAGGAUCUCGUCUCUGUCACUACUUCUACUGCUGAGUAUGCUGGCUAUGGUGAUAGCAGGACCAGCAGCCCCACGGAAUCCAGGAUGCCCAAAUGCUGAGGACAAGAAUUUUCCCCAUACUGUGAGGCUCAACCUUAACAUCACUAACCGGAACCCGAACACAAACUCCAGAAGGUCCUCAGAUUACUACAAGCGCUCCACCUCACCCUGGAGUCUCCAUCGCAAUGAGGACCCCGAGAGAUACCCCUCUGUGAUUUGGGAGGCGAAGUGCCUCCACUUAGGCUGUGUCAACGCUGACGGGCAAGUGAACCACCACAUGAACUCCGUCCCCGUCAAGCAAGAGAUCCUGGUCCUGAGAAGAGAAAAUGGGCAAUGUCCCCGCUCCUUCAGACUGGAGAAGAUGCUGGUGACUGUGGGCUGCACCUGCGUUACCCCCAUCAUCCAGCACAUGAGCUGAGAGUUACGCGUCAGACCUGAGGCUGCCCUG